AUGACGAAGCGCGGGACACCCCUCCACCAGCCACCACCAGCACUGAAACACCACCGGCUACUGGAACAGAGACAGGACGCACCGACUCACCGGCCGUCCAGACAUAUCACCGGCAAAAGGAAACGGCCAAGAACGCCGACACCACCUCCACCGUCCACAUCCCCAAUAACCCCGACGGCGAACCCUAAGGGCGAAACGCCACCAGAGGCCACCACUUCCUCCGGCCACGGCCAGAAACGGCCAAGAACUCAGUCGCCACCUCCACCGCCGAGAUCAGAGCCAGAACCAGAAACCACCAUUGCCACACAUCCCGUAGGACAUGAGGAAGGCGAUGCACCCACUGAAGUGCCCAGCAAUUUGCCCACUGAUGCGCCCACUAGUACGCCCAGUGAUUUCACCAGCAAUGUGCCAAGCGCUAUGACCAGCGAUGUGCCCACUGAUGCGCCCACAGACUUGCCAAAAACAAUAGCCGUCGCCGCUACCCCUCCAUUACCACUGCCUGCCACGACCGACGCACGUGAAGCUGCUCGCGUCUCACUGGAUUGCGAUGUCCCACUCGUUGCGAGAUCGCGUUCACCUCGGUUAGCCACGACUGACUCACAAGAUUGCGUCGUCUCCACCACUGCCGCUGCUCACGCCUCAUUGGAUCGCGCCGUGAUUCUUGCCACGGGUCCCUCAUGUGCAACCAUUGUAGCCACCUCCUCUUGCAUCGAGCCACCUACCCGCGCCGCCCGACGCCAACAAUCAUCAUCUGUGACCAACGCGGCCGUCUCCCCCUCCGCUGGUUGA